AUGAGUGCCAAUCGUUCUGCCUUGGGAUCAGUCCGGGCUCUUUCCUUGAGCACCGAGAACUUGAAUAAGGAGCAAUCUCUCAUAGCCAUUCCCCCGCCAAUGUGCAACCUCCCCUACGAUCCUCCCCACCUCUCGCGUUGGCAGCAGGUCUCUCAACGCCAUCAAGGCCUCAACACGCGUUCCGGCAGCGCUGUGGCCUCCCGAGUUGAUGCCUCUAGCCAACAACUCAACUCCAAAACUGCAACCCUCAAUGACCAAUUUCGUGCUCUUACACUACACCCCAGAAACCACUUUGGUGAUCCGCAUCGGGCGUCCACAGUCCGGCCGGGAAUCCUCAAUGCCACCAUUUAUGAGCUCUCCGAUGACCUUCGGGCGAAGGAGGUGGACCUUAUGGAGCGGUACUAUGGUGGGAGACUGAGGGCGCAGCGCGCUGCUCGUGUGAUUCAGACCAAAUACCGUGAAUACCGAAUGCGCGCUCAGUACGCAAAACUCCGGUCUGAUCGACGGUGGACUGACCGUCGAACCACCGGUUCAGCUGUUUACUAUCCUCCCGAAGAACAGCGGGAAGGGCAGCAUUUAGCAAGCAUGGAGGAUCUUGUCAUCGAUCGAGCCUAUUUGGAUUGGGAAAGCGAGGCAGCAGGCAGCCCAGGUGGAGGCUCGAUCCCGGACCUUACUGUAGAGGGUAAGAGUAGUCGAUCGUCCGCUCCAUCCGCUGCGACCCAACCCGCCGAGUCGGUGGAGAUUUCAUCACAGUCUUGCUCAAAUCUGACGACACCAAAGAACCACCACCAAUCCUCCAGCCCUGGAACUGGGACUGGUUCUACGUCCGGAUUUGUCUCCUCCCCGGGGUCGUGCUCCUCUGGUUCCCUACCAACCGAAAGCACCCCCUUGCCUGUGCCCUGCCAUAAACAGGAACCUGUUAACAGACAACCGCCUGAAACCCAGUCACAACCUGUUGUGUACUAUCUUCUGGACAGAGACGAUCAGCAUGUCUCUCAACACGUCCCCCAGCAGCAACUCUAUGUAGCUGUUCCCGCAAAGCCGGAUCAGCAGUACCUAAAGGUGGUCCCACAGCAACAGCAACCACAACGUUACCUGACUCAGCCGACAACUGCGGCUGUAUUGGUUCGGCGAUCCAGCACAGGAUCAAAUCCCAGACAGGCCCCCGUUUGGUGCACUCCCGAUGGAAAAAUGUACACCUUGGCUUACGCAGAAAAACCGAAAGCAGUCAUGGUGUCCCCUCCCCCUUCGUCUGUGCAACCCGUUUUCGUGACUCCGAUCAGGAAAGACGGUGUCGCGAACACCCCCGUGCUUGUAAAAAUACAUCAAUCACCUCCACCGACGAGUUUGGUCCAAAUGGCGCAGAAACCCAAUGCAACCAGUAGUCCGGUUGUCGGCGAUAGGUGGCGGAAGCGACUCUAUCGCGUGUGCUUGAAUUACUUCAAUAAGUCACCUGUUAAGGGAAUCGACAUGCUGAUCAAGUUCCGCUUUCUGGACGCCUCUCCCCGACAAAUAGCUCGGUUCCUUCUCACUCGAAGGGGCUUAUCGCGUUCCGCUAUUGGCGAGUAUUUGGGCGAAAUGAAGCAAGACUUAUCUGUUGCAACGGCUCGGCAAUUCAUCAGGGAACUCGACUUUCGGGAAAAGGAUGUUGACGAGGCUUUGAGGAUUCUGAUGUCCCGAUUUCGCACUCCCGGCGAGUCACAGAAGAUCGUGCACCUUCUGACCGAAUUCCAGUCGGCGUACAUUGAGCAGAAUACGGCCCGCGUGAACGCACAGUUCCGCAAUCCAGACUCCGUGAUGAUCCUGGCCUACGCCAUCGUGAUGCUCCACACAGACAUGUACAGUCCCAACAUCCGGCCUUCCGCCAAAAUGACCCGUCAGGAGUUUGUCAAGAACCUUCGCGGUGUGGAUGACGGUGAAGACCUGGACAGGAAUCUCCUGCUGGCGAUUUACGAUCGAAUCCAAGCUGAGGAGAUGUGCGUAGCGCCAGACCACACCGACCAGGUGCGAAAAAUCCACCGUCUUUUGACUGGACCCCUUCGUCCGACCAACCUCGUUCUUCCCCAACGGCGGCUUGUCUGCUAUUGUCGCCUCUACGAGGUCCUCGAUAAAACGAAGCGUGACCGUCCCGGGACACAUCAACGGGAGAUCUUUCUUUUCAACGACCUUCUCCUAGUGACUAAAGCCUUUCAUAAGCGCCGAAAGGACUCAUCGCCUGCUUACCAGGUUCGUGCUUGCAUCACUCUCCUGGGGACUCGAGUGGUCGCCUUCGAAACGCCCUACUACGCCAAUGGAAUUUCACUGUAUCGAGUUGAACAAUUGGAAACGAGUGAUAUGCUGAAGGGGACUAGCAGCAACAGUGAAGGACCUCGUGGAGCACCUGUCAUAUGUUUAAAUACAAAAACCAGCUCCGAUAGGACGCGGCUUCUUGAGGAUCUUCAGGAGUGCAUCCUGGAAACGACUGAGAUGGAUCGUGUGCGCCUGGAUGAUGUGCUCUACAAGCAGGUCUCUCCGCCCAAGUCCGUGGACACUGCGCAUCCGCACAAGGCCCAAAUGCCCACGCCAGGCCACUUCCACCCCAACCCCCAGCCCCAAUACAAUCCGCAUUUGUGCAAGUGCCACGCCGAGCCCACCCUGCAGGCGGCCAUCCAACGCGGCGGCACCGUCUGCAUUUCCGCCGGCCUCAGCCUCCACCCUCCCGCGAGGGCGUUUGUCUACAAGACGAACAAUCAGUCGCGCUAG